AUGGUCCUGAAAAUCUUCUAUAACGCAGAGAUCGAUUGCCAACACGUCAUUGGGGUGCAAGGCUUAGCCCUGCAUGCUUGUUGGUCAGUCAUUUGCUUCGAAGCAGUGACAAGUCUUGUCUCGUUGGAAGAAGAUGCCGCCCCUCUACGUUGGGUUGGCCAAAAAAAAAGCCAAGUGAAGGCCUGUUUUUUGACGCCGCUUUUGCCGUGCGGCUGCAUAAAUCGGGGAUGCCAUAACAUCUGUCGUUGGUGUCUUGCGGCAGCCCGGAUGAUAAUUACCCAAAAUGGCUGUUUCCCAUCGUCGUACUGUACCACUCUACCGGGAGGCUUUGCCCGCGUACCGUAUUCAAAGUUACUUACUGUACCAAGCCUACCAACCAUUGUUGUCAUAUGCGAUCCUUCCAGCACGCUUGGGCUUAUUGUCCUCGUAUUCUAUACGCAAGGCCGUUUCAUCACAUCUCAAAUAUUGACCUAUAGUUCCCAUAAUCGUUAA